CUCCUCAGUCCUCCCGCUCGCCUCACCUAUAAACUCCCGGAUCGAAAACCUCCUCCGCCGCCGCCAUCACGGAGCAUCGCAUCCCGUACGCCUCCCCCGGCCAGCGACCCCCGCCGCAUCUCUGGCGAAGAUGGUCGCCUUCAGGUUCCACCAGUACCAGGUGGUGGGGAGAGGCCUGCCGACGCCGACCGAUGAGCACCCCAAGAUCUACCGCAUGAAGCUCUGGGCCACCAACGAGGUCCGCGCCAAGUCCAAGUUCUGGUACUUCCUCCGCAAGCUGAAGAAGGUGAAGAAGAGCAACGGCCAGAUCCUCGCCAUCAACGAGAUCUUUGAGAAGAACCCCACCACGAUCAAGAACUAUGGCAUCUGGCUGCGUUACCAGAGCAGGACUGGCUACCACAACAUGUACAAGGAGUACCGUGACACAACCCUCAAUGGUGCUGUUGAGCAGAUGUACAAUGAGAUGGCUUCCCGCCACCGUGUCAGGUCCCCUUGCAUUCAAAUAAUCAAGAAUGCUACAGUCCACUUCAAAUUGUGCAAGCGAGAUAAUACUAAACAGUUCCACAAGUCGGACAUCAGGUUUCCGCUGGUGUUCCGCAAGGUCAGGCCAUCAACCAGGAAACUGAAGACCACCUUCAAGGCUUCGAGGCCAAACUUGUUUAUGUGAUCCAAGUCAUCCUUCCUAAUCUGUAAGCUCGGACAGUAUGGAGGGUUGCUAGUUCAGAUUCAUCAUAUCUAUUUGUGAUCUAUUGUUUCUAUAAUCUAACCGGUAGGUCCAUGAUGUGGCCUUUCUUAGGUUGAUGAAUAUCCUCUUUCUUUAUUUUGGCUCCCUUUUGAUAAUCUGAUGCCUUAUAUGUAUAAUUCCAACUGUCUUCGUCUUUCAUGUUCAUUAUUUAAUUAUCUGAAUUGGUGUUGGUUGCAUA